AUGCAAUUGAAAGUCACUUUGGCUGCGGCCAUGCUUGCUCUGACUACUCAGGCUACUCAGAUUUUCAGCAACAAGGGAACACUCGCGGGCUGGGAUGCUACGAAUCAAGAGCAUUCGGGUACCGUCCAGGAAGUGACCAAUGUCUAUUAUGAAGGUCCAACCGCCUUGAAGAUGACCCAGGUAUACGACUCCAGCUAUACCGGAAGAUACCACUCCGAGGUUGUCAAGAACAAUGUCUAUAAGCGCGGCGACACUGGUUUCUACGGCUUCAUGUUCCGCCUGCAGGAGAGUUGGCAGACCUCUCCAGCCCAGUCUUAUAACAUCGCUCAAUUCAUCGCCGACUUCACCGACACAGGCUGUGAUGAUUGGAUGCCUUCCAGUAUGGUGUGGCUUGUCGGGGAUCAGCUGUAUACCAGAGUCAAGUAUGGGACCAUCUGUGCACAGAAGAUCACCACUUUCCCCAAUCUGGCGACCGUGUCAGCUGGUGCGUGGCACAAAAUUGAGAUUCAAUCCAGCUGGAAGACCGAUGGUACCGGUUACUUUAAGCUGUGGUUUGAUGGCACGAAGGUUCUGGAAAAAUACGAUAUCAACACCACUAUCGAAGAUGACCGUGCAUUCCAGUUCCGCGUCGGACUCUAUGCCAAUGGCUGGCAUGAUGAUGGUGGCAUGAAGGGUACACAGGGCACUCGGCAAAUUUGGUACGAUGAGAUCGCAGCUGGCACCGUUUUUGCCGAUGCCGACCCCGACCAGUGGUAA